AUGAGUGAGAAUCAAAAGCCAGUACAAGUGAAGCUCGUCCUUCUUGGGGAAGCAGCCGUUGGAAAAUCAUCCGUCGUUCUGAGGUUCGUUCAAAAUGAUUUCCAGGAGUACAAAGAGCCUACGAUUGGUGCAGCAUUCUUGACCCAAAAGUGUAGAUUAGAGGAUAAAGUGAUUAAAUUUGAGAUAUGGGAUACUGCUGGUCAGGAAAGGUUUAGGAGUUUGGCACCAAUGUACUACCGUAACGCUCUCUCUGCUGUAGUCGUUUACGAUAUAACUUCAUCAUCCAGCUUCGACAAGGCAAAGAGUUGGGUUAAGGAACUCCAACGACAGGCCUCUCCAAAUGUCAUUAUAGCCCUUGUCGGUAACAAGCUUGACUUGGUUGAGAAAUCUGAGGAGAAUGAGGAUUAUUUAGAUGACGUAGCAUCAUUCGAUCAAAACGCAGUCUCAGAACCAAGCCAAACUCAUUCAAGGGCCAUCUCACGUGAUGAAGCUCAAGCUUACGCUGAAGAGAGCAAUCUUCUCUUCUUUGAAACAUCCGCAAAGACUAGUGAAGGCGUUGUUGAAGUUUUUACUGAAAUUGCAAAGAAGAUUCCACAUGAGCAGAUCCUCAAUUCCACUAAAUCCAGAGCCCAGGAUCAAUCACAGCAGAACAACGUAAGCCUCAACUCAACCGAGAACCAACCAAAGCAAGUCGGAGACAAUUGUGCCUGUUGA